ACCGCUAGGCGAUUCGAAAUAUUCUUUAUUUGAUACAACAUUUCAAUCAGAAUCCACGUGAUUCUUCGUUGGAAUUAAAAAAAAAUUUAUACAAGAUUUUUAGAGCUUUAUUGCACAGUUAUUCAUGGUCAUUUUAUAUAUUUUGUCAUUGUCUUUAUACUUGUGAAAGCUGUAUAAAGUGGGGGCAAGGUCACCUUCACAAAUCCACAUCCCUGAACUGUCAGUCCACUAGAGGAGCAGUGAGUCAGUCGUAACGCGUUCAGUCUGUGUUCGACAGUGUCGAAGAAUAGUAUUGUGGAAAGAAUACUCAUUGAGAAAAUGGCAACACUGAAGGAUCAACUUUUAAGUACUGUGACAGAACCGGUAUCAACCGGUAGAAAUAAAAUCACAGUGGUCGGUGUCGGUCAAGUUGGAAUGGCCUGUGCGUUUAGCAUUUUAACGGACCAUGUUUCCAGCGACGUAGUAUUGGUCGAUGUGAUGGCGGACAAACUAAAAGGAGAAAUGUUAGAUUUGCAACAUGGCAGUGCGUUUCUGAAGAAUGCAAAAGUAAGCGCCAGCACAGAUUACGCGGUGACUGCAAACUCGAGUCUCUGCAUCGUGACAGCGGGUGCUCGUCAACGCGAAGGGGAAACUAGAUUGAAUCUGGUUCAACGUAAUACCGACAUCUUCAAAGGCAUUAUACCUCAGUUAGUCAAAUAUAGCCCGAACACGAUCUUGCUCAUUGUUUCCAACCCGGUGGACAUUUUGACUUAUGUGGCGUGGAAACUCUCCGGCUUGCCAAAGAACAGAGUUAUUGGCAGCGGUACAAAUUUGGAUUCUGCCCGCUUCCGCUUUCUGUUAUCGCAAAAACUCAAUGUCGCACCUACGUCUUGUCACGGCUGGAUUAUUGGAGAACAUGGCGAUACCAGUGUGCCUGUAUGGUCCGGAGUUAAUGUUGCCGGAGUACGUUUACGUGAUUUAAACGAGCACGUGGGUACCGAUAAGGACAAGGAACAUUGGAAUGAAUUGCACAAGCAAGUGAUACAAAGCGCGUACGAAGUAAUCAAGCUAAAAGGUUAUACCUCAUGGGCUAUAGGUCUCAGUGUGUCGCAACUUGCGUCAGCUAUACUAAGAAAUUCCAACCAAGUACAUGCUGUGUCUACUAUGGUUACUGGUCAUCAUGGAAUUAACGAAGAAGUGUUCUUAUCUCUACCUUGCACACUGGGUGAAGAUGGCGUCACGCACAUCGUUCAACAGAAGUUAACAGAUGAUGAACUUGCAUCAUUGCACAAAUCUUCAGUGAUGAUGCACACUGUGCAAGAAGGCCUCAAAUUUUAGGAAUAUAUUAUCUUUAUUUAUUUUAUUUUUGAGCUUAUAUGUGUGUGCUUUCGAUGCUAUUCCAUAUACAAUUUAUAUGUCUUUAAAUAUAGUAUUCGAUUCAAACGCAGUAUUAUACACAAAUUUUAUAAAAGUUUAGUAAAAUAAUUUUUUUUAAUAUUUGCAACUAUAUAUAAUCAAUAUAUUGCUCGUGAAUGUAUAUGUAUGUGAAAAAACUAGAAAUAUAUAAAGUAUAUUUCUCA